GCUAUACAUCAGACGUCACGAUCUCCUCAAGGUGCUGACGAGCCGCAAGACGUCUCGUGUCACCUCCAUCACACCAACGGACGUAGUCUCAGGAUUGACUGCUGAAUCUCCGGACGCAUUCGCAAUUCUACCGUCUGUGUACAAUCCAUGGAAGAAGGUACAUCGACGGCGGCCGCCUCCGGAGCGUCAUCUCAGGAUGACCCGGCUCCGCGGUUGCCCACCGAGAUCUGCGCACGGAUCAUCGACCAUGUCGCGGCGGGACUGGAUCUUGGCUACACAUUUCUGGCUGGGAAUCCCCAAUUCUUAGCUCUUCAAUCGUGCGCACUGGUAUGCAGGGAUUGGUACUUUCACACCUGGUACCAUCUCCGUGGCCGUGUUUUCCUCCGUGACCGGAACGACGUCCGUUCAUUAUCCAGGGCACUCCGCGAGAGACCACCCCUCCGCGGUGUCGUCAAACAGGUCGUCAUCUCGGGUCGUACAUCUGGCCAACGUUCACUGAUUCAACAUCUCGGAGCGUUUGCCGCCAUGCUUUCCGGGAAGCUCCCGGAGCUCUCGACGAUCACCAUCGAGGACGCGGAAUGGACCGUUGGCUUGAUGAGGGUGGAAGACUUCGGAUAUCUCGCUUCAUUUGACCUCGUCCACACGUUAACCAUUUUCAAAGUCACCAUGUCGAGCAUCGCCCAGCUGGCCCGCCUCAUCUCAGCACUCCCUGGCAUGAGAAAACUAUAUUGCUUCCAUGUCGACUGCUCAGAGAAACACCCAGUCUCUCCAGUCUGUCUCCCGCGGAACUCUGCAAGCCUGGAGAUCCUCGAGGUGCGAUGGGUUGCGCCUGCGGUUGAAGACCUACUCGUUCGGAUCAGCCAGGCUUCCCGGCUACGAAAGCUCUAUUUCGGAGUUGACGGCGAGGGUACCUCAUCCUCCGCAGGCAGCAGCCUGAGAAGUCAAGCUUUCUUGGAUGCAAGUGCGGCCUCGGUGGAAGUCCUCAUUCUCCGGAUUGCUCCCGACUCCUCCGUGGACAGUCACGCUGUUGAUUCCACUGUAGAACGAUACCUCAACCUAUCACGCCAUGAAAUGCUGUGGCGAUUGCAGAUUUACCUGUUCCACCCCUUUGUUGCGUGGUCCUGGAUUCCUCAUAUCGUCUCUCGAAUCCCUUCAGACCAUCUGAUGGUCAUUUCUGUUUUGUUUUUCAUUCAUGCAGAUCAUGCAGCCAACGACUUGGAUAGGGUGGUGACGAUGAUGGAGGAAGAUGGUACCUUGCUGCGAUUGGACGAUAUAUUGCAAGCAGAGUGCUUCACCAAUAUUGCACCGGGUGGUAUAUGCCUAGGCUUCGAUCAUGAUCGGAAUGACUGGCUGCCGCUUGUCAAGUUGUUUGAUUCAGAAUCAUCAUUCAGAGAGCAGUGUGGCCGGUGGGACACGCUCGUUAGACGGAAGAUGCCGCGCUGCAAUGGACGGGGCAUAUUGACUAUCGUAUAUAGCUGGGAAGAGCACAAUAACUGGAGCUGCAACAUGAAUGCAAUCCAUGAAGCGACAAAACACUAGAAGGCCAAAACUGGAGUAGAGGUGCAGCGAGAGGAUGACGCUCAGGCUGAGCAUGCGCCGGACACGUCAGGCUGACUGUCCUAAUCUUGUACACUCGCCGGUGCCGAUGUAACGAGUCCUUGUUAUUGUACGCGGCGCGUUUUGCGCAUUUUGUUGUGGCGCCGAGAGGCGAGCGGCGAUUCCCUAUGUAGAGACGUAACACUAUUCGUGGGAUGUCCCCGCAAUUCUGAUCCAAGGAUGUCGUCACGUAGAACAUCAUCGCGGGCGUAGCAGUGUACUCGGAGCGAACGCUCUCGCACUCCUGGUAUGUCAGCGCACGGAUCUGCCUCCCCUGCUAGCCUGGUACUCUCGAGUUCACCGGCCGCUGUAGGAGGCUAGCUCCAGGGCGGAGAUCAC